AGGAGCUCACAGAAGACGAGGUUCAGACCUGCCUGGGAUCAUAAUUGUCGAGAACGAGCGUCGCGAGGCCACGGUGCGGCCUCCUCCGUGCUAUGAAGUAGGGCCAUUGCCCGGAACGUCGCCUCAUAUAUAUUUGUUUGCAUUUGGAGGCGGUGUUAUUGACGAAGGUGUUGAGUUGACGGCCUGCCGCGUCACUCAACUCCGCAUCAAGCGAGUCGACGCGUGAACCGUGGACAAGCGGAGACCUGGCCUCGCCGCUGCGAUGAUACCCCCUGCUCUCGCUGACCCCGCGACGGACGGCCGCCGCCCCCAUCCGACGCGCGGCCGCUGGUAGCUCUCUCUGGCUGCGAGAAGUCCCCGAGGGAAUCUACGUUUCGUGCGACACGACAACCUGCACGACGGAGGGUGGCCGAUUCCCCAAAUCGACGAUGCUCAACAUGGAUGUGCAGAGCAACGGACGCGCGCUUCUCCCCAACGCCCCGAGCGGAUACGCUGCUCCGCCGGCACCGCCGCCUCCUCCUCCUCCGCCUCCUCCGCCGCCACCGCCGCCCCUUCCCCCGUCGCUGGGCUUCACGGGAGUCACGUCGGAGGGCGACGGCCGGGCCGGCGGCGUGGACGCCAGCAAGAAGAAGAUGCGCAAGUUCUUCUGGAACGUCAUCCCCAAGGAACGCAUCGAGGGCAAAACGAACCUAUGGACCAUGGGGGGUCGCAGCGACUCGAUCGAGCUCGACACUCGGCGCAUGGAGGAGCUCUUCUCCAGCGCGGACGCCGAGAUCCGGACGGGGGCGGCCCUUGGCCUCGUGAAAUCCCACAGCGCGGCGCGGUUGGCUAAGGAGGAAAGCCUCCUUGACUCCAAGCGCAGCAUGAAUGUUGGAAUUUUUCUCAAGCAAUUCAAAGGGACCCUGGGCCAUGACGUGAUCCAGGACAUCCUGGAGUGCCGGAGCAAGGACUACGGAGCGGAGAGGCUCGGGGAGCUGCUCAAACUCCUGCCGCAGGCGGACGAGCUGAGUCAGCUGAAGCAGUUUCGCGGAGACAGGAGUCGGCUGCCGGCUCCCGACGCCUUCAUGCUGCUGUUGAUCGAAGUGCCCUGCUACGAGCUGAGGCUGCAGCUCAUGGUCCUCAAGGAGGAAUUCCACCCCACAGUGGCCUCGGCACGCGACGGAAUCCGCGUGGUGCGCCAGGCGGUCACGGAGCUGCAGGCGUGCGAGCAGCUCCACAAGGUGAUCCACCUCGUGCUGAAGGCAGGAAAUUACAUGAAUGCGGGAGGGCACGCAGGAAACGCCGCGGGCUUCAAGAUCACGUCGCUGCUGAAACUCGCGGAUACGCGCGCCAACAAGCCCGGCAUGAGCCUCAUGCACUUUGUGGUGAUGGAGGCGCAAAAGGUGGACCCCUCCUUGCUGUCUUUCCCGGACAAGUUGGUGCACAUUGAAGAAGCGAAGAGGCUCUCGGUGGAGACGAUGGAGCUGGAGCUGGAGAACAUGAGCCAGAAGAUCGCCUCGCUCCGCCAGAAAGUGCGCGCCGACCCUCAGCUCAGCCUUCAGAUGGAUUCCUUCUUCCAGGAGGCAUCGCGCACCAUGGCAGAGCUGGGGCGCCGCCGGACGGUGCUCCGCGCCGACACUCGCUCGCUCGCCAGCUUCCUCUGCGAGGACGAGGACGGCUUCUCGCUGCAGGAGUGCUUUGGCAUCUUCCACAGCUUCUGCGCCAAGGUCCGGAACGCCAUCAAGGAGAACCGCGAGCGCGAGAUGAAUGAGCUGCGGCAGCAGCGCACGCGGGAGGCGUCCUCGCUACCGCCGGGAGCCAAGCGGCGCUCGCUGGCCUUCCCCGCGGACGAGCCGGUUCCCCGGGGCAGCAGCAGCGGCAGCGAGGUCGACCCGGAGCAGGCUCUGCCCGAGUCGCCCGUCGCCGGCACGUCGCCCGUGACGCCCGUCUCGCCGAUGCUCGCGCUCUCCCGCACCUCGGUCGGGUCCACCAAUGCGCGGCGUAGCAGGCGGCUGCCGUCGGAGCUGGGUGGCCGUGACCUCUUGCACUUUCUGCACGCGUCGCCGCCGGUGUCGCCGCCGAUGACGGCGGCCGGCGAGCCGAGCGAGCGGGACUUCGACAGCGAUCGGGAGAGGGAGCACAGGCCGCUCGCAAAGUCCAGCAGCCUCCGUCGCAGCGGCGACCUCGUCAGGAGUCAGCGCGCCACCAGCCUCACGAACCGCCUGGCGUGGCAGGACGGAGACGCGGAGAGGCCCCUGGGCAGGGCGGUCGAGAGGAGCAGCAGCAGCAGCGCCGGCUGCGGCGAGACGGUGGCGAGGCGCUACGACUGGGAGGGCGUCACCGCGAGGCCGUACAGGCGGAGCGCCGACAUCGGAGGCGGCGUGAGCGGCGCGAUCUCUGACUUGGAGAAGGCGCUGGGCAUCGCGCUGGGCGCCGCGCACAAUGACACGAGGAGCGCCAGCCCCGCCGCCGGAACCGCGCCCUGGGCCGCCCCCGUGGCCAGGCGGUAUGGGCGAGUGGAACCCGUGACCUCGGAGCCGGAUGUCGCGUCCGCCGCCCCUGAUCAUCGCCAGGACGGCGCGACGGCCCCAUCGCCGAGCGCGACAAAAUACGAGCGCAUCAACGGCGUGGUCGAGCGGCGCGAGCUCGUCAAGGGCUUGAAGUCCUACGAUGGCGCUGUCAUCGAGGUCGCGCCUCAGCAGCCGGAGGAGCCGGGCGACGUCGUCCUCGUAGACCUGGAGACGACAAAAGACGAACUCCCCAAGACGUGGAGGGCCGUGGCGGAACCUUCGCAGGAAAUCGACGCCGGCCCAGCGCCGAUGACAGAACGGCCAGCUGACGUCCCGGCACCGGCCGGCAGCGAUAAGCCUGAUGCAGAGGUGCAGAUGGUUUACUACGUGUGUGGGUCACAGCCCAACGCACCCACUGCAGAGCCACCAAGGGCAGGCACGGAUGCUCGGGGGGGUUCUCCGGAUCUCGCUGUCAUUAACGAGGCCUCGCAAGCGAGCGAAACCGGCGAGUCGAGCUGCUCUGACGAAGCAGUCGAGCGCCGCGUCUCUCUUGACAGCGCGGAGGAAGAAGCGCCAGUCUCGGCGCCGCCUGAACACCACGACCAACCAGCGCCGACCGAUGAUCCCCGGGAAGAAUCGGACAUGGAAGUGGCGCCGAAGGCGCGGGAGGAGCCGAGGAGGGAGACUCCGCCGCCCGUUGUGGGCUUGCGGCAAGUGAAGUCAAAGGUGGCCGCCUUCGUCCAGAGAACGCGGAGUUACAACGUGACGGCGGAGCCCAUCAGGCCCAGGCCCGUGGGGGGUGCGAGCUCGUCGGGCGCCGUGACAAUGAAACCGGCGAGCAACAGGACAACGUUCAGCACGUCUGCGACGGCCUCGCCCGCCAAACCGGUCAAGGCGGCAAGCGUCAAGCCCGAGACGUCGUCCUACCUGCAACGGGGCAGCCCCUUCCGGCGGUCCGUGAUGUCUCCGAAUCCAAAGUCGCCGCCAACGCCGUCCAAUCGCAAACCGGACGUGGAGCGCGGCGGAUGCAGGAAGCCGCAGGCAGCGCUCUCGGUGCCCGACGUGCGAGAUGGCGCCAGCUCCGUCGAAAGGAAAAACCCGGUGAGCAAAUUGCGAGCGACGUCGGGAACGGGAGGGGGCAGCACGACGGACGUCCGCGGGCCGCUGAACCGGUCCGACAGGCUGAGGGCGACAGUGCGGGUGAAGGCCGGGGCGCCCGUCGAGGGCGGCGGAGUCACGGGCCCGCGUCCCUCUGCCGCGCGGCCCUCCUCCGUCGUCGAGCGGUCGCAGAGCUUUGGCAUUUCCGCCAGGAAGCCUCCCGAGGGCGGCAACAAAGUCACGCGGUCUGAGUCUCAGCGGACCGACGGCAAAGGCGCAACCUCUCCCACCUCUCCCAUUUGCCUUGACCACUCGAGGCAAGUGAAAUCCCCGGAUCUGAAAGCCGGCUUCGUCGUUCGGUUGUCGGCGGUGACGCCGAGGCACGGCCUCGCACGGAACCACCUGUCCGCCUCCUCGUCGCAGCUGGGACCGAGGAAGUCGUCGUCGUCGGAUCUGCCGGAACUGAGCCGGCACUGCGGCCCCGCGGCGCGGACGGACGGGCCGCAGGCCGGGCCAAGGGACGGCACCGUGAGCCCCGCGUCGUCGGACGGGCCCAGGAAUUUGUCCGCCAGGGCCGCUGCCCGGGUGGCGGCGGCGGCGCCGCUGAAACCCGCGAUGGGAAUUCGGAGAACAUCGUCGGAGAAAUGUAGCCCCACGGACAACAGGCCGGGCCGGCCCCUAUGGAAGUAGAGAAAAUUGACGGUGAUGAAAGUUAACAGAUGGAAGAAGAAAAAAAAUACGAAAAAAGAGUCACGUAUAGCAAACGCUGAAGCGAGCCAGAUUAUCUGACCGACGUACCUUCACAGCAAACGCGCGGACUCGUCGUGCCGGCGAGGUCCCGACGGAGUCGAGGUCGACCGCGGCGACCGCUCACCGUGCGCUUUGUGCCACCCUGUGCCUUCCGUGCCAGCAGCGGUGGGGUCCCCGUGCGAGAGACUCUUGAUAACGUCACGCUGGGAAACAAAUACCUUUGCCUCACAUCUCAGGUGCUGCUCUGUUUCUUUUACACACACGGUCCAAACGAUAUUCGCUUGAGUACUUAUCGGAGAACGAGUGUAAUGAGCGUAUACCUUUCGGCUACAUCUCUGGCCGUGAUGUAUUGAGAACUCAAUCACGUGAUGCACUGGUUUUCCUCGAGUGAUGUGGAGCCACAAAAGUUGAUAUUUGUUAACAUGGUACACGCACACACACACACACAUCGUACACACACACAUUGUACACACACACCGUACACACAUACACUGUACACACACACGCGCAGUACACACUGCGGUUACGCAUCAAAAGGUGUUGUCUCAGUGUAUGGUGCAUGUGUCUCUCACGAGUUGUAUCCAGAUUCUGUCUCCAUAUCACGAGACACCGCUCACGCCUCUUUCCCUAUUCACGCGGAGAAUGCCGAGAAGUUGGUACGCAUGGCAGCCUGGACCGUGGUAGGCAUGGCAACCUUGACCGUGGUAGGCAUGGCAGCCUGGACCGUGGUAGGCAUGGCAACCUUGACCGUGGUAGGCAUGGCAACCUUGACCGUGGUAGGCAUGGUAACCUUGACCGUGGUAGGCAUGACAACCUUGACCGUGGUAGACAUGGCAACCUUGACCGUGGUAGGCAUAGCAACCUUGACCGUGGUAGGCAUGGCAAUCUUGACCGUGGUAGGCAUGGCAACAUUGACCGUGGUAGGCAUGGCAACCUUGACCGUGGUAGGCAUGGCAACCUUGACCGUGGUAGGCAUAGCAACCUUAACCGUGGUAGGGAUGGCAACCUUGACCGUGGUAAGCAUGGCAACCUUAACCGUGAUAGGGAUGGCAACCUUGACCGUGGUAGGCAUGGCAACAUUGACCGUGGUAGGCAUGGCAACCUUGACCGUGGUAGGCAUGGCAACCUUGACCGUGGUAGGCAUAGCAACCUUAACCGUAGUAGGGAUGGCAACCUUGACCGUGGUAGGCAUGGCAACCUUGACCGUGGUAGGCAUGGCAACCUUGACCGUGGUAGGCAUGGCAACCUUGACCGUAGUAGGCAUGGCAACCUUGACCGUGGUAGGCAUAGCAACCUUGACCGUGGUAGGCAUGGCAACCUUGCUUGCUAAGACGGGGGGCGGGUGGGGGGCAGCAGCCAGGGCCACCCGGUAAACGUGGAACGUUCGGUCAACGCUGGGCCACCCCGUUGCUCCAACGGCUCCAACCACGUGCCAAUGUCGGCCCAACGUUGCGCGCUUACUGGGACGGCGGCGGCGGCGGGCUCCACCGUGGCCACGGACGUGCACUCUGACGAAGCUGGUGCACGGAACGAGAGCAACAGAAGCAGUCCGUGUAGCCCUUUACGAGCCGUGCCACGCGCGCCCCUUCCCGUCGCGUCGAUGGGAGCAGGGGAGCAGGAAGCGUUCGGUGGCUAUGGGGUUGGGUGGCUCACGAUCAACACCGGUGACGAUUAUUUGAACCGAUCUUGGGCCUCCUCUAGGUCGACUCAGCCUCAAAUGAGUACCUGGGGAGACAAAGGCGGCCGGGCGUGCUGCUCGCCACCCACCCCAAUGUGCGCCGUGCCGGCCUUCAUAGGUGCUUGCUAACAGCACUUGCCCCAACAGUCUGUUACAGGCUACACGGGGGAUCUUUGUUUUGGUGGGUCAUUCGCAGAGGGCGUCGUGACGGCACCCUUGCUCGGUGCGGCAGCAGCACCACGUGGGGGAGGCAGUGCCGCGUGUGAUGCGGCACGUGUCGGGCCGUCCGUCUCUCCGCAGAUGUUCGGGAACGACUUUGAAAGUUGAAGGGACAGUCUCGGUUUUUUUUUGUAGACGAAUGAUGAGAAUCUCAUCGGAUGGAGGAAUGUGUCAAGGAACCGAAGGGGUCCAUGAUUGGUAAUAUUUAAUGGGGGGGAAGGGGGGAGUCCAGUACAUGAAUUGUCGCCACUGUCUAAAGUUUUAGGGUAGCGACCCCCCUGAGCCACCGCUCCAUCCACUAUCCCCUCCGUGCCACAGAAACUAACGGCUGAAUUGAAGCGUUGAAUCGUACGCGCUGGGCACACACACGCGGACACACACACACGCGGACACACACACACACACGCGGACACACACACGCGGGCACACACACACGGGCACACACACACAGGCACACACACACGGGCACACACACGCGCGGGCACACACACACACACGGGCACACACACACGCGCGGGCACACACACACGCGGGCACACACACACACACACUCGCGCCAGCCGUUCGUUUAGUUACUGCAGCGAGAAACCACGGGUGGAGCGGACACAGAACUACCUCCAAGCUCCACGCCAGCCAGCCCGCAACAACGAGACAACACAUCGACAAUGUCGAUUCGGGGACAAGGCAACACGGAACGGAGCAAUGAGAACCGCGCAGCAACAACAAAAAAGGCGGAAGAAAAAAUAAACAAAACCGGGAGGAAAUUCUGGGAGUCACCAAAGAUCGCGCCGAUUCAAUGUCUCCCCCGCCACCCCUGGCCCCACAGCCGCGCUUUCCACGUUGCCGAAAGAGCGCAUGGGGGGGGGAGGCGGUCGCACUCUGUGGCCCGGCGCUGUGAGCGCGUUGCGAGUGCGGCCCUGGGCCCUCGUGGCUACCGCUGCCUCGCUUAACGGGGCCCUUUCCUGCCGACACAAGCGGGGAGAAGGGGGUCGCAGGCCUGGCCCCCAGCCUGCACGGAGGGGCGUCUGGGUUUGAAGGGUCCGGAGUCACGGCGAGACACACACCCGCGUUUCGUUUUGGGAUGCACUGUUGGCAAAGUAACGUCGAACAAUGUACCCCCACGACCAGCACUCGUCCAUCAAGUGGAUUGACAAAAGGGCUGUGUGUUAAACAACACAAAUAAUAAAAAUGCUACUACUUAGAAUUAUUAUUUGAAUUCAGGGAAUGGCCUGAAAUGAAGCUGGUUCGAGUGUGUUGGACAAUGUAUCAAUACAGCCGUGGUUACUACUCCUUUGGACAAAUAUAAAACGAGUGGCCGUCUGCGGCCCUGCGCUCGGAUUAUGACAUUGAUUGAGAUGUGUUUUUUAUCACGCGUGUUAUAUGUCACGGACAGGUUGGAGCGUUACUUCAUUAUUCUCACUCCUACUCCCUCACUUACCUACUGGUGUCCCCCUCCCUUACUAAUGACUUACGCCUGGAUUAAUGAAGGCUGCUAACAAACGAACUCGGGACCAAGAGAGAUGUACAAUCUGAAGGAAUCGCUGUGAUCCCAGACCGUCAGGGGAAGAGAGGUCGAGAUUUCGUGUCUGACUGUGAUACGAGAUUUGUCAACUUGUUUUUUUAAUGAGUGUUGUUGUUUAAUGACACUUGCCAAUUACGUUUAUAUAAACGAAAGCUGUCUAUU